AAGUACGGAAACAAUGGGUACGAGGGCCGUUGCCGUUGCGGCGGCGGCAGGUGCUGCCGGGAUGUCUGGCGAGGCAGGGUUGGCUGGUGUACCGAGACUGUUGGAAGAUCUGGCGCGACUCUCUGAGGAUAAGGACUCAGCUGAUAUCGUGUUUCUGCUAGGGAGGGACGAGACCCCAGUUUAUGCCCACAGAAUAAUACUUCAAGCCAGGUGCAAGAAUUUCACGGCCGCCAAGAGAAUCGGCACAGCCAGUAAUCCAACACCGGUGCGAAUGCCGCAUGCACAUGCGGAAACAUUUCGUCAGUUUAUUCGUUACAUCUACACUGGCAUGAUAAUACUACAAGACAGUGGGAUUUUUGAGAUGCUAGGAUUGGCACAAGAACUUGGUAUUGAAGAACUUUGGCGAAGUUGCGAGGAACAUGUAUCUGCUACUUUAAGUCCAGGAAAUGCAUGUGCUCUUUUAACCGCUGCUUUGGAGGCUCAAGAACGAGUUCCAGGUGGGAAAACUGCAUGUUCAUCUUUUAUUGAGAAAUGCUUUGCUUUUAUCGGAGAAAAUGCUGUGGAUACUGUAAAGACAACGGCGUUUUGUAAUCUUCCAAAGGAUGCUUUGGUAAAAUUAAUAUCGUCAGAUUAUCUCGGUUUGGAAGAAGAGGAUGUAUGGCGUGCUGUUCUCAAUUGGGCAAAAUAUCAGGCUGGAGUAACACAACCCACGCAACAUUGGACCGAGGAAGAACGUAUAAGGGUGUGCCAGCAUUUGUCUGGUGUGAUAAAUCAUGUAAGGUUGCUGUUGAUAGACAGCCAAGUAUUUGCAGAAGAGGUAGAACCGACUGGAGCAGUGCCAAUAGAAAUGUCAUUGGACAGAUACAGGUAUGCAGCUCUGCCAAACAAGUACUCCGAGAUUUGUUCUGACAAACGACUGCAUCCACGAGUGAGUCCGUUCCUUUUUCCAAGCUCGCAGAUCCUUUCCAGGGACAAAGUUAGUUUCCAGCGACUCUUGAAUCAAUGGUAUGGAGUACCUAAACAGAGUUGGCGAUUAGUUUAUCGAGCAUCCACUCAUGGCUAUUCUGCUGCGUCCUUUCAUCGGCACUGUGAUAACGUUUGCCCAACGUAUGUGAUAGUACUGGGGAUGCGCGGUGAAAUAUGCGGAGGAUUCAGCGACGUCCCGUGGGGUAAAACUAAUUCAAAGGCGCAAUAUAUUGCUUCAGAAAAGAGUUUUCUGUUUACAUUGACGAAUAAUCAAGACGUACCGCCGACAAAGUUCGAUAUCGUGAAGAAAUCGUUCGCAAUCUGCUAUCAUCCCGACAUAGGGCCAAUCUUUGGUGCCGGGGCUGAUCUACUUAUAUCGAGUAACUGCAAUGUCAACAAGGAGAGUUACAGCAAUCUUCCGCAUAGUUAUGAAGGAGAUCACGCGUCUAAUCAGUUAUUCAUGGGAGACUAUCACUUUUCAGUAAUCGAUUAUGAAGUUUUCACUCCGAGUCAUCCUGUUCCCAAGUCUAAUCAUUGAGUUAAUCGUUUUGAAAUAUUUAACAAAUACAUCGCUUGUAAGAAAUGUACUUAUUUUAUUCAUUACAUUUUGUUCGCGGUUUUCUUGAUGUAACAUUAAAAACUGGCGAUAAUUUAUCCGCGUUAUAUUAAUUAUAUUUUUAUAUUCAUAUUAUUACAAAAAGACAUACUUA